AAUUGGCAAGUGGAUGCGUUGGACGGUGAUCAAGAGAUACUGCGCCUUAGAUUUCCGAAUCUUAAAAUGAGUGUUCGGUUGGCUGAUUUUAUAACGCUGUCGAAUGGGGCGUUGUUAAAUGACACGAUCGUGGACUUUUAUUUGAAUCAUAUCGUGGAGAAUGUAUUGCCGGAUUGUGGAUCGUCGCAGAUUUUCGUGUUACCGUCGUUAUUUUGGCAUCGUUUGAGGACGUCCUCGAAUCCAUUAGAGGAAUUUAGUGUUGGUAUUAAUAAAGAGUCUGGGAUUUGCUUUACGAAAGAAUAUCGAACUUAUAUAAAUUUUUGGAUCAACGAGGUGAAUAUUUUUGAAGCGAGUUUUAUCGUUAUACCGGUGAUAGAGCAGAGUCAUUGGAUGUUAGUGAUAGUGUGUUUGCCGAGUGAUUUCCUGGGCGCGAUGGAACGGGGAUCGGUUUCGGAUGGCGACCUGAAAUUGAGAGGUGGUACCACAAGGCGACCUAAAAUGAUAUUUUUUGAUUCUCAGCAAAAAACUGGUGAUUCGAAUUUGGUGAAUGGCGUGUGUACGACUGUGAGGCAGUUGUUGAUGGUGAGGAAUUCUUAUUUAUAG